AUGUCCCUCGGGCGGUGCUUUGCCGGUCAUUCCAUAGAACACCGGCUUGACCUGGCCCAAAAGUAUGGUUACGAGGGCAUCGAGAUGUUUUUCGAAGACCUAGCCCACCUGGCAGAACAGAUCCGCCAACAACCAAACCCAUCAUCCCCCUCGACGCCACACACGGUCCAGACCAGCCAGCUCGCCGCAGCCACCCACAUACACAACCUCUGCCGCGCCCGCAACCUCGCCAUAAUCUCCCUGCAGCCGUUUCUAAACUACGACGGCCUCGUCGACCGGGACCUUCACGCCCGCCGCCUCACCGAGCUGCAGCACUGGAUCUCGCUCGCCCACGCCCUGGGGACCGACCUGAUCCAGAUCCCGUCCAGCAUGCUCCCGUCGUCCCAGACCACGCCGGACCUUGACGUCAUCGUCUCGGACCUCCGCGAGGCCGCAGACCUCGGCCUGGCCGCCUCUCCGCCCAUCCGCUUCGCCUACGAGAGCAUCGCCUGGUCGUCCACGUCGGACGUGUGGGAGAAGUCGUUCGACGCGGUCCGCCGCGCCGACAGACCCAACCUGGGCGUCUGCCUCGACACCUUUCACAUCGCAGCCCGCCUGUACGCCGACCCGACGCGCGCCGACGGCACCGUUCCCGGCUGCGAGGUGGCGUUUGAGGAGUCGGUGGCGCGGUUGGCAAAGACCAUCAAGGAGGAGGCGCAUCGGGUGUAUUUCGUGCAGGUCGUCGACGGUGAGCGUCUUGCAAAGCCGCUGCAGCCCGGUCAUGAGUUUUAUGCCGAGGACCAGCCUUCCCUCAUGAGUUGGAGUCGGAAUUGUAGGUUGUUUUAUGGCGAGGAGGCGCGCGGUGCCUAUUUACCUGUGAAGCAAAUCGCAAACGCCAUCUUCAAGGCUGGAGGUUGGGAGGGAUGGGUUUCGUUGGAGUUGUUCCAUAGGAGAAUGGCGGAGGAGGGUAGGGAUGUGUCUGAGGAGUUGGCUGCCAGGGGUACUGCUUCAUGGCAGAGGUUGGUCGGUGAUUUGCAGAUGAGGGUUGAGCGAGUUCCUGGUGGGAUGGCUACAGCGUCUUUGUAG